CAGCCGGCUUCGAAGUGAUCACUUCAGGUAGUGCCGUUCGCGAGGCAACACGUGCAUCUUCCGAGUUCCCGAGUUGAGUUGCGGUGUGUUCUGAUCGAGAUACUGAGUUGCAAAUUUCAAGUGUUGGAAGAUUCCGGAAAGCUUCCGUACGACGACCAUGUGACGGUUUCAACCAAAAUACAAAAACAGCUAACAGCCAAAUUAAGUGUUAAGUGCCGAUAUGCCAAAAACUUUCCCAAAGAGUUCGAAGAACGAUGAUCUCGCAGAGUGUCGUCCCCAAGUUGGUGAACGAUCCAAAGUGAAACGUAGACAUAGUGAACUGGAACCAAAUAGCGCAGGGGAGGAUGGAUCUUCCCGCGCCACCAAGCGACCAAAUCGUACCGAGUUAACGAACCAAAGAGUGUACCAACGGUCAGCGGUUGAUGCGGGUGAAGCAACUCCUUCGCCUCCACCGGCGUCCCCGCCAAGAGCAGAUUUUCUGCUGCAGGCGCUGCAGAGGAUUCAGGAGCUUCAAGACGAGAUCGACUUCCUGGAGAACGAUCCGUACGCAGAGGAUGCGGACAGUUCCGAGAACGAUGAGGAAUAUCUUGACCCCCAAGUGGCCGCGGAGGCGAUUGUAGUGGGACAUCAGGCGGAAGCGCUGGGAUUCGCCGUUUGCGUGAGGGAAACGAUGGCUUUCCUCGAGCGUGAAGGGGUCCCAGCGGACAGCCCAAUGAUGGUGAAUCUGCGAAGUCGACUCGUCGGCAGGUGUGAACAAAAUUUGUCUUGUUGAAGGGAUAGACAGGUGUGGGAAGGGGAGGGGGAGUGAAUCUAGUCCAAAGGGAGCACAAAUCCAGGGUUUAUCAAGUCCGAUGGUGAUUUACUAAUUACCGGAGGAAGUUUCUAGUCAAAUAGAUUUAAGCAGAAAUAUAACGAUUAGCUUUGUAAGACACCAAAGUAAAUGGAUCCACAGCCAAAAAAUAAAACAUAAGAAAGUAUACAA